CCCCCCUCAACCAUGUCUGAUUUUCUCUCCUCGAUAACGGGAAAGGCGCAGAAUGCGCUCCGAUCUGCUGGCUUCAAUCCUGGGCAAUCAGGCGAUGCCACAGGGGGCCCUCAAGGCGGAAUCCUGAAGUCGCAUGCGGUAGAGUCCAUCCACCACCAGCUGCGUACAUUCCAACAACAGUAUUCAAGUAAUACGACACCGGUGCAGAAGAUCAUCACGACUCAGAAGGGUGUCGCGCUCGACUUGGACAGUCUUUCGACCGACUCGCACGCACACAGCAAGGAGCUUUAUACUUGGGGCCAGAACGAAGAUCCGGACAUCAGGGAUGUGACUGAUCGCCUAGCCUGGAUCAACUACGUCGAGGGCGCCCUGGCGCAUACGCUUGCCACGCGCUAUGACGCAUCGCGUGCGCCUUUCAAGGCUCUGCGCGAUGCUGAGACCGCGCUCGCUCCUCGUCGCAACGCCCGCGCCGCUUUGCACAAUCAGAUCGGACGCGUCGAGCACGAACAACAGCGAGGAAACGAACCGAGGCUAGCAGAGCUCAGGCAGCAGCUGCAGCACGCGCAGAUCAAUGACGAACCCCUGGAGAAAGAGAUUGCGCUGUUGAAGAGGAAGGCCGUUAGGGAGAGCGAGCAGAUGAAGUGGCAGGCCGUCCGAGAGUACGCCGAGAAGCUCAUUCUCCUCUCGCAAGGAGCCAACGCAGUGAUAACCGCGCUGCCCGCCAUUCCUCCCUCCGACAAGCAGUACCACGGUGCCGACAUUACUGCCUCAGUGCGUGCAACGCUUCAAGAGGCUCUCGACAACUACAAGCCUGGUGACAUUAAUCUGCCCCUUCGGUCCCCUGUCUCUAAGGACCUCAGUCGGUCGGACACACGCAGUUUCGGCGAGACGCAUGCGAAGGAGCUUUCACGCAUUACCCCAGUCGGAGACUCAGUACAGCCUAACAUCCCGCUUACGCCGCCCCCCACUGGGACCGGCAGCGCUCUCCCACCUGCACCGUCCCAAAGCGCUAGCAGAUCGUCCUCGAUUUCUCACGCAACGCAAGGAUCUGUAGGGUAUUCCUCACCUAUUACGCAACGCACCUCGCCGACUAUCCUUGCGUCUCCUCCGCCCGUUGGGUCGCGCUCCCCUCCCUUGAACCCAGCUUCCCUGAACCAGGCCCCUGCACCUAUUCCUAUCAGUUCGUCUUUGCCUCCUCCCGUCGUUGCACCCAAUCCCACCGAUCCUACCGUGAAAAUCCCUUCCGUGACUCCCACGGUCGCCGAGACUGGCGUGCCCAAGUCGGCUGGGUCAGAAGGCCCUGGGCCGUCAAGUGGCUCACUGCUUGAUCUGAAGUCGUCAUCGCCCACGUUGACUCGAGGUUCGGAUGCACUUCCGAGCUACGGGGUCAUGCCUGGAUCCUCGGCUGACCCGGCUCCGGAGAAGUCGGAGAAAUGGGAGUCGGCAGCAGAUGAGAAGAAGCGUCUGGAGAGAGAGGAAAGGGAGAAAGUACUGGCAGCAGGAGGUGGUGUGGAUAACAAUGCCGACGGUGGACCUUCGAAGGAGGACGAUCUGCCCCCCUACGAGGAGUUCCCCUCGGGAGGUGUGUAACCCGAAGAUACGGAUUACAAUGGACAGGGUCUUGCUGGAUACCCCCUGAAUCUGAAUGUAUAGUUUGUGCUUACUUUUCAAGUGUACGAUAUGGUGUACGAUGCUUCGGUAUGAUAUUUGUGUUGUCCAAU